AUGAAUAAUUCUUUGAUAUUAAAUUAAUCAUAUUGUAAAACAGAAGGUGAUGAAUUAUAUGGAAGCAGAGCCUUAGACAUACUUAAAGAGAAGAUGAAAAUUUUUGAUUUAGAAAAAAUACCUCAACUUUCUUAAUUAUAAAGAGAAAGGUUAAGAUCUAAAUAGAGAAGCAAAACUCAAAAAUUGUAGAUACAUUCAAAUAGUAAAUAACCUACAAAUUAUUCACAGUACCGAAUAUCAAAUAAAGAAUAAACAUUCAAACCUACUAAUGAUAUGUUCUCAAGAUAAACAAUCGAAUCCAUAAAAAGUAGAUUAAGCAUCUAAGAAGCUAAAUUAUUAGAUGUUCCAAUAAUAAAAAUAUCUAGAGAAAGACCUCUAACAAAUAACAACGAUUCUUCCAAUACUAUGUCAUUAAUCCUAAUGGAAAAAUAUUAUUAAUCAACCCUCAAAUAUUAAUAAAGGUAAAUGAAAUAACAGUAAAAAUAAACAAAAAAGCCUAAUACAUCAAUCAAUUCAAUCUCAUAAAUUAUCACUAGCAAUUAAGCAGUUAAAAACUAUAAAAGAAAAUUAAGAAAUAGCAGAAGAGAUUUAAUGAAAGAAAUUCCUCAAUAAUAUCCUAUUCUUAAUCAUUCACGAUAGUUUAGUUCUGAUAAAUCAAAUUAAGAAUAUAGUAAAACUACUUAAAUACAAAGUAAAUAUUCUUCUCUCUGA